CCCAACUCCACCACGAAACCAUACAAAGCCGGCGACCUUGGCCAGCUUCAUCCAAUUCUCAAGCGCUGCGAUUAGAGCCUUAAUCGACGUACUUACACUCUGUCCGCUUGCUAGCAUCGCAUUCGCACAUCAUCGGAACGCACAAUGGCUCCGCCGCCGUCCGCCGACCUGCCGCUGGUACAGAGGUUUCAGCGGAUUGCUACGACGCUGCAGUUUUCCUGGUUCAUGGGACAUGCCGCCCUCCUCCUUUGCGUCUUCCGGUAUUCGUUCUCAUGGCUUCGUAUGAACUACUACGGGGGCAUGGCCCAGUUCUGUUACCGCUUCGCCUUCAUCUCGGCCGCCGCAACCUACGCGAUAGUGGUAUACAAAACCUGGCGGGCCCGCCAGAAGACGGGAGCUAAGCAACCGGGCGGUGUUGUUGGAUAUCUCGCCGACGAGAACGUUCAGUACCUCGCGAUGGCCCUUAUUUGGCUCUUUAUGCCGCAGUAUCCCCUUGCGCUCGUCCCGUACGCCAUAUACUCGACCUUCCACGUGGCCACUUAUAUCCGCGCGACCCUGAUCCCGACCAUCAUUCCCCCGCAGAAGAUCAAUCCUCCCGAGGGAGCCUCUCCCAAUGCCAAGCCGCAGUACGCCGCGCACCCGGGCUCGGAGGCCAUUGGAGCAUUCGUCAAGCGAUACUACGACUCGUCAAUGUCGGUGGUCGCGAGCCUCGAGAUUCUGCUGUGGAUCCGCCUGCUGUUGAGUGCUGUUCUGUUCCAGCGCCGGUCAUGGAUUCUGCUCGGCAUCUACACUGCGUUCCUUCGCGCUCGCUUCGCCCAGAGCAGCCACGUGCAGAGCUCCUUUGGCCAGCUCGAGGCUCGCAUUGACAAUUUGAUUGGUGCCCAGGGCACUCCGCCUGUAGCUCGCCAGGUCUGGGACGGCGUGAAGGGCACCGCGAGACAGUUUCACACCGCGACAGACGUCAACAAGUACGUCAAUGGUGCUGCUGCUCCCAAGAAGACGUCCUAAGCUCUUGCUCGUCAAACGAUAUCGGUAAACGACAACGACGCUUUCUGCAUGGUCAUGCAGCUCUAAGCAAGGUUUCUCAACUCGACGACGACCAGCUCGACAUCAAGAAAUUCUU